AAAUGACCAGUUUUCAGAAGGAUUGCCUCAGGACACACUAUCUCCACUCGCUCAGCUCUGGAGAAGAUUCACCAUGAUGUUUUCGAAUGGAGAGAGAACUGAAGCUGCUGGGACACGGAAGCUCUGUCUCCUCUCCUUGUUCCUGGCUGGUGUCUGGGCCUGUGCAGCCAGCCGCUGGAGCCCCGUGGGGGACAUCUGCACGGCCAAGCCCCGGGACAUUCCUGUGAACCCCGUGUGCGUUUACAGCUCCCCGGAGAAGAAGGCAGCGGAAGAGGCGGGUCCAGAGCAGAAGAUCCCCGAGGCCACCAACCGGCGGGUCUGGGAACUGUCCAAGGCCAACUCUCAGUUUGCCUUUACCUUGUAUAAGCACCUGGCUGACUCCAAGAAUGACAAUGACAACAUUUUCCUGUCACCCCUGAGUAUCUCCACCGCGUUUGCCAUGACUAAGCUGGGUGCCUGUGACAACACCCUCAAGCAGCUGAUGGAGGUGUUUAAGUUUGAUACCAUCUCCGAGAAAACAUCUAACCAGAUCCACUUCUUCUUUGCCAAACUCAACUGCCGACUCUACAGAAAAGCCAACAAAUCUUCUGAGUUGGUGGCUGCCAACCGCCUUUUUGGAGACAAAUCACUCACCUUCAAUGAAACCUACCAGGACCUCAGUGAAGCUGUGUAUGGAGCCAAGCUCCAGCCCCUAGACUUCAAGGAAAAUGCAGAGCAGUCCAGGAUGACCAUCAACAACUGGAUAGCCAACAAGACUGAAGGGCGCAUCACCGACGUCAUUCCUCAGGAUGCCAUCAACGAGUUCACCGUGCUGGUGCUGGUCAACACCAUUUACUUCAAGGGCCUGUGGAAGUCCAAGUUCAGCCCUGCGAACACAAGGAAUGAGUUGUUCUACAAGGCCAAUGGGGAGUCAAGUUCAGUAUCUCUGAUGUACCAGGAAGGCAAGUUCCGCUUCCGACGAGUGGCAGAAGGCACCCAGGUGCUGGAGCUGCCCUUCAAGGGCGAGGACAUCACCAUGGUGCUCAUCCUGCCCAGGCCUGAGAAGAGCCUGGCCAAGGUAGAGCAGGAACUCACCCCGGAAGUGCUCCAGGAGUGGCUGGAUGAGCUAGAAGAGACAAUGCUGGUGGUCUACAUGCCCCGAUUCCGUCUCGAGGACCGCUUCAGUGUGAAGGAGCGGCUGCAAGACAUGGGCUUAGUGGACCUGUUCAGUCCUGAAAAGGCCAAGCUCCCAGGUAUUGUUGCGGAAGGCCGGAAUGAUCUCUAUGUCUCAGAUGCAUUCCAUAAAGCAUUUCUCGAGGUAAACGAGGAGGGCAGUGAAGCAGCAGCCAGUACCACCAUCGGGAUUGCUGGCCGUUCGCUGAAUCCUCACAGGGUGACGUUCAAGGCCAACAGGCCCUUCCUAGUUUUUAUAAGGGAAGUUGCUUUGAAUACUAUUAUCUUCAUGGGCAGGGUAGCUAACCCUGAUGUUAAAUAAUCUGUUCUUAUUCUUUGCACUUCUUCUUAUUCCGGUUUGCGAAUAAAAGUAAAAAUAAAUAAAGCUACUCUCUUAUCACAA